UCUGCGCACGCGCGUCAGUGGCGUUCGCGGCGCACCCGGCUGGCAGUUCCUUCCUCGGAAGGAGCGAUCCUUGUGCCAUGGAGUCGUACGAUGUGAUCGCCAACCAGCCUGUUGUGAUCGACAAUGGAUCCGGUGUCAUUAAAGCUGGUUUUGCUGGUGAUCAGAUCCCCAAAUACUGCUUUCCAAACUAUGUGGGCAGACCCAAGCAUGUUCGGGUCAUGGCAGGAGCCCUGGAAGGCGACAUCUUCAUUGGUCCCAAAGCUGAGGAGCACCGAGGGCUGCUGUCGAUCCGCUACCCCAUGGAGCACGGCAUUGUCAAGGACUGGAACGACAUGGAGCGCAUCUGGCAAUACGUCUAUUCGAAGGACCAGCUGCAGACUUUCUCAGAGGAGCAUCCUGUGCUCCUGACUGAGGCACCACUAAACCCACGGAAAAACCGGGAGCGAGCUGCCGAAGUGUUCUUCGAGACCUUCAACGUGCCAGCUCUUUUCAUCUCCAUGCAAGCCGUGCUCAGCCUUUACGCCACAGGCAGGACCACAGGAGUGGUGCUGGAUUCUGGGGACGGCGUCACCCAUGCUGUGCCCAUUUAUGAGGGCUUCGCCAUGCCACACUCUAUCAUGCGCAUCGACAUCGCAGGCCGGGACGUCUCCCGCUUCCUCCGCCUCUACUUGCGUAAGGAGGGCUAUGAUUUCCACUCAUCCUCAGAAUUUGAGAUCGUCAAGGCCAUUAAAGAAAGAGCUUGCUAUCUGUCCAUCAACCCGCAGAAGGACGAGACACUAGAGACAGAGAAGGCUCAGUACUACCUGCCCGAUGGCAGCACCAUUGAGAUCGGUCCGUCUCGAUUCCGUGCCCCUGAGCUGCUGUUCAGGCCUGACUUGAUUGGUGAAGAGAGUGAGGGAAUCCAUGAAGUGCUGGUGUUUGCCAUCCAGAAGUCUGACAUGGACCUGCGGCGCACACUUUUCUCCAACAUCGUCCUCUCCGGAGGCUCUACCCUGUUCAAAGGUUUUGGUGACAGGCUACUGAGUGAGGUGAAGAAACUGGCUCCAAAAGACGUGAAGAUCAGGAUAUCCGCACCGCAGGAAAGACUGUACUCCACGUGGAUUGGGGGCUCUAUCCUUGCCUCCCUGGACACCUUUAAGAAGAUGUGGGUUUCUAAGAAGGAGUAUGAGGAAGACGGGGCGCGAUCCAUCCACAGGAAGACCUUCUAAUAUGGGACAGCAUCUUCACCUCUCUGAUGUUAACUCUACUUUAAAACUCGCUUUCUUGAGUCGGAGUGUUUGCGAGGAACUGCCUGUGUGUGCGUGUGUGGGUACGAGUGUGUGCGCAACACGAGUGCCGUGUGGCCCAAGGAUGCCCGGGCCCAGAAAGGACAAGGAACUCCCCAUGAUGGCGACGGCCUGAGGCCUGGGCUUCACCACUACUGGCCCCCAGCAGGGAAGAGCGCUGGCCACGCACCCCCUUCCUCAGUGGAGCCUUUGCCUGGCUCUGGGGGACUACGGUUACCACCCUAGGGAGACCCUGCUGCUGCCUAUCUUCAGCUGGACUGGUCCCACCCCACCACCCCUACCCCCAGGGUCCCCUUGCCCAUCAAGCUGCCAUGGGCACCUCCUGCUCAUGGCUGAGGGUGGCGCUGGGCUUGCAUUCUGUCUGGUGGUGGUGCAGUUUGAUGUCAGAAGGCUGGAAAAGCACUCCUAGAGUAGUUUACAGACACUGGGCCCGGGCGAGUAUGUUGCCCUCACACCCAUCUGGGCAGCAGGACCACACUGGGCAUUUGAGGACAGGAGCAGAGCCACUAUCGAUCUGGUUGCAGAAGCCAUGCUCCAAAUUCAUUUCCAGAGCCCAAUCCAGGGGUCUUGGGAGAGCUGAGGGAGCCCGUUGGCACCAAGGCCUGUUACUUGUUCAUUCAUCCCUGUUUCAUUGCCAUCUUCAGUUUUAUUUAUUGAAGUGUUUAUUCAGCAAGGGCACUGGAGAGGGAGUGUGUUGCCUCCUGCCCCCAGUUAACCCUGCUCACACUGAUGUUUACAGCACCUAGCCUAGAACCUAAGGCCCCACCACUCCCUGGUGACGGCGAUCCGACAGUGUCCAGAGGCCACAGGACUGGAGCACUCCCAUCAGCCUCUUCUCCCUCUUCCAUUGCUUGCUGCCCUGGGAUCCACAAGCUGGUUGCUGGCAGGGUUUUCUGAAAUCGGAGGUAGAAGAAUCUUGGGUAGAGGCUCCUGGCAAACGAGGGAGAUUAGCAAUCCCAUCAAGAAAGCUGCAAUUAACCAAGCUGCCUUCUGCCACCCUGGCUCACCAGGGGCGCUAGGUUAUAGAGGUGAGAAGGCUCCCUCUGGGCUCAUCUUGUGCUCUUCUUGACUUUGGACCUAUUUAGUUAGGGAGGGAAGGGGCCAGACCAGAGAGCUGAGAGCCAACGGACUCAGGCCUGGCUCCUAGCAGUGCUCUGAGGGACUCUCCAUCCAGAAGGUGCAAAGCUGAGGUCAGCCUGUCCUCAUUGGCACCCAUGACACCAAGAGUCCUCAAUUCCAGUUUCCAGGCAGUAUUCUCUCCCAUGCCGUCCUAGGACCAAAGGCCCCUGCCAGAUGUGGGCUGCAGCAGCAGGUGUGUGUGAAAGUGAUGUGGCGCCCCGCGGACUGCAGUGCGCUUAACCAGCUCACCUCCCUUCCCCUAGCCCAAGCCCAUUCCUCGCACAGCCUCGCACAAACCAUGCUGCCUGGUGGGGCCCAGUGUACUUAAAUAAAGUUGUUCCAAUAAACA